AUGCAGUCUUUGGUCUCAGCUCUUCAAAUUAAUAAGAGGCAGAGGACUCGGAGGUAUCGCUCUGUUCCUGUUGUGUUCGCUGCACAGUCCAAUUUCUUAAAAGUUGUACAAACAGUUUGGAAGGUUGGGAGAGAUGGAAUUGAGGCAGGAACCAAUCUUGUGCCGGAUUCUGUGCCAAGAUCAAUCGCAAGGGUUUCUGUGACAGUAGUUGCGUUGGCUCUUUCACUCUUUGUACUCAAGUCUUUACUGUCUACAGUUUUCUUUGUGCUGGCUAUGAUGGGACUUGUAUACUUUACAUUUAUAGCUUUGAAUAAGGAUGAAGGACCGAAGGGGGGUGGAGGCACCACCUCUACACCAAAGGAGGAGGGGAUGGAGGACAGUCUAGAAGAAGCCAGAAGAAUCAUGGAGAAGUAUAAGUAA